GGGACCUGCCGCCUAACUUAGUAGCCCAUGACGUCAGUUAGUGGUAGCUGGGCACUACCGAGAGGAAGAAGUUAAGAUGGUUCUCAUCAAGGAGUACCGUGUGGUUUUACCCUGUAGUGUCGAAGAGUAUCAAGUGGGGCAGCUGUUUUCUGUGGCUGAAGCGAGUAAAAAUGAGACGGGUGGUGGUGAGGGCAUUGAGGUACUCAAGAAUGAGCCAUAUGAAAAAGAUGGAGAAAAAGGACAGUACACACACAAAAUUUACCACCUAAAGAGUAAAGUCCCAGGAUUUGUCAGACUCCUAGCUCCUGAAGGUGCCCUGGUUUUCCAUGAAAAGGCUUGGAAUGCCUACCCCUACUGCAGAACCAUUGUGACGAAUGAAUAUAUGAAAGAUAAUUUCUUCAUUAAAAUUGAGACAUGGCACAAACCGGACCUUGGAAUGCAAGAAAAUGUGCACAAACUUGACAGUCCCACGUGGAAGAAUGUAACGGUGGUGCCCAUUGACAUUGCAGACAGAAGUCAAGUGGCCCAUGCUGACUACAAGGAAGAUGAGGAUCCUGCCAUUUUCAAGUCUGUCAAGACUGGGAGAGGACCUCUUGGUCCCAACUGGAAGAAAGAGCUGAAUAGUAAUCCUGAAUGCCCAAGGAUGUGUGCCUACAAAUUAGUCACAGUCAAGUUCAAGUGGUGGGGCCUGCAGACCAAAGUGGAGAACUUCAUCCACGAGCAAGAGAAGAGGAUCUUCACAAACUUCCAUCGCCAACUCUUCUGUUGGAUUGAUAAGUGGGUGGAGCUAAAUAUGGAUGAUAUACGGCGUAUGGAGGCGGAAACGCAGAGAGAACUGGAUGAGAGGCGUAAGAAUGGCUCUGUACGAGGUACAAAGGCUACAGAGGAGUCGCAAGGCCAAGUCUUCGCAAAAAGGGUGAUGUGCGAGGAACCAGUGCUGCAGAUGAAUGAAAAGGAUUUUAAACACCACACCCACAAUGACAGCAGUUGUGAGGACUGCUAAGCGGGCUCCUUUGGUGCCACUUUUUUACCCUAACUGAAUCACGCUGUGGAGGAGGGAGCGCUGCUACCUGCAAUCAGUAGAGCAGAUCCCCGGCUUUAACCCAAUCAUAGUCAUUCUAUCCAGUGAGGAAUUGAUUUAUAGCCACCGAUACGAUGCUAGCUGAUGAGACUCUGGUUAAUUUUGAUCUUGGACAGAGAAAGGCCGGCUAUGGCCAUCAGGAUAUUGAGACCUAGUCUUCUGCAGAGAUGCAAAGAAAAGCUAUUUGCUUUUUUUAAGAAAAAAACAAAACAAAAGCUAAUUCAUCACCUUGAUUCCACAGUGGCAGGUGUUGGACCAAAUAUAUCCAGCUCCCCCAACCUCCUUUUUUUCCCUACCCAAAAAACCCCCAUUCCUCACAGAAUGAUGCCCUCUGUGACCUCUCUUUGUCUCUUCCUCAGUCUUAACUGUACACACUGUGGCUCAGUGUGUGGUUUGCAUUCCCUGGCAGGAGACUGUUUGUCAUGCUCUUGUUCCUUCCUGCCAUAACCUCCAUUAAGUGAUUACUAACAGCCUUGGCGUCUUGGCCCAUUGUAAUCCUUCUUCCAUCACCCCCCUCACCUUAUCGAAGCACUGCAUCUUAUUAACACUGACAAUCAUGUCUGUACAGGUAUUCACUCUCACUCCCACAUGCAGAGGUAACAGGAAGCCCACACACACACACACACAUUCAUAUGACACAUACAGUGCGCAGAUGAGGAUAAACAUACGAAUUCAUCCUUACACACACACACACACACACACACACACACACACACACACACACACACACACACACACACACACUCUCGCAGGUGUGGAUACCUUUGUGCUGACUGAUCUUGGAGAAACUCAAGCAGGGGCAGAUCCUUGCGAGCUCGUUCAGCUAAAGGAUGUUGCUUUGGAUAUGUUUACAGCUCUCACCCCCACCCCGUACUUGCUAUUCUGAAAACAGUCGCACAUAACAUACAUUGCAGCAUUCACCUCUCUAACAGAUGUCCCUAGAGGAAAAAAUAAAAAGUAAAAAAAAAAAAAAAUGCACUGAAAAACAGCCACAGAUGGUGCUACACCCCUCCAGCCUCUGUCACAAGCCAAACUGUGCUGCACUCACCCAGCCCACCACCAGAGGCCUUUCUCGCUCCUCCGGCUCUCUGAGGUAGACAGUUUCCAGAAGGCCUCCUCCUCCUCUGCAUCAUUCUAGCUGUGUUUACAGAUUUGUAAUUGCCUUAUCAGUGCCUAGUGGAUACCAGUACCAUGUAGAGUUGCUUAUGUGUCCAGGCCUUUACACCUAUCAGAGCUACUACACUUAAUGAACCUCUGCUGCCAGCCAUUGUUUUAGCUACCUCUCUCAUUUCUGACUGGCCAUUUUUCCUGAUGCCCUAAAGUGUGUCCACCAAAUGUUUUGGAAAAUGUCAGGCACCCAGUUGAACCCUUAAGACGCACAUAGGUUUGGGUUCUUUUUUGUUUUGUUCUGUUUUUCCCAUGUGAGAGGAUCUAUUAGUAUGCCACACAAUAUUUUUGUCAAAGCGGUUCAAAUACACGACUGUGCCUGGUAGCCGGUUUACAAAUAAAAUGUUCCUUCAAGCACUGUUUUUAUAUCAAUACUGUCUGGUUGUCAUCUGCAGACAUGCUCUUACAGCUCUCAACAACUUAUAUAAAGUUGAGCACAGAAAAGAAGCUCGGUGCCGCUUCAAGCUGCUGUCGUUUUAUUUUUUGCAUAGCGUAAAUACACGACACACUCGUGCUCAGGAAAAACGCUUUGGUGGACACACACCUCGUAAGGGUUAGCAUUAGCUGUUAGCUGGUACUUCUUAGGAUUCUUGAUUCUAGUCUUGACAAAAGAGCUUUAUCAGGGCGCAGACUUGUAUGUUAUUCCUUUGUUUCCUGGUAUGUGGAAGUGCAAUUCCUUUCCAUUCCCACAAGCAGAACUUUGUUACUAUAACAGCCAGCGUGCACCGUUUGUCAUGUAAAUCUUUACCUCAGACCAGCCAUUGGAAAGAGCUGCCAUAUUAAUGUCUUCUGGCUUUUCAGCUCUGUAUCCAGCUCUCUCUCUCUUUUUUUUUCUUUCUUCAGGCUUCAGAAUUGUGUCACAUCAGCCUAGACUAUUAAUUAUGGCUUGUGUUACAUGUAUACAGUAUGUGUGGUUUGCUCAUCUGUUCCCUCGUAAUGUUCUUGAAUAUUUGUGUGUUUUGGUUGCAUGUCACUGUUUUAAAUUGCCCAACAUAAAUUUGGGAUUUGUGUUUAGUAAUCGGUUUCCUGUUAUUUCCCAAGGCAGAUUAUAUGAUUAAAUAAUUUCAGGAAAGUAUUCUAGUGUGUUUGGUUAAUGACAGUCCUAUGAGGGCAAAUCUGACCAUGUCCAUGGUAAUUGGCUUUUCCAAAGAGAAUAAAUGGUGUUUGUGUUCAGCAAAUAUCGAUUUAAUAUAGGAAAAUUUGGAAAACUGUUGUCAGAAACAGCGGUUUUCAAUAACAGAAUCUUCUCAGGUUAACAAUAAGACAAAGAUAAUGUAGCCUGUUCCCUUUUAUCGUCUUUAUGUGUUAGAACCACUUGGGUUUUUGUUACGGUCAUGAAUGCAUAUGUCUGUGAGCAAACAGUGUAAUUAGUGUUUCAAAGUUCAUUUGAAUGAUUCCUCAUGUGUGUUUGAAUAAAAAAACAAAACAAAAACCAAGAACCCAGUGAAAGGGGAGGAAAGGAGAAAUCUGAAAUCAGCCGUUUGCUGUUCUUCAAAACAAUGAUAUUAACAAAAGUGUUUAAAGGUUCUGAUCAGCUUUUAAAAAUCAGGGGUUGUGGUAACGAAUGUAUGAUGUAUUGUGCCUUUUUCUUUCUGCACAUCUUUUUUGUGCUACCAAGUCUAUAUAUUGUAUCGAAUAUUGUAUCUAAAUAUAAAUAAAUUUCCUUUUCUUUUUUUUCUUUUUUUCGGGACAAAGUUUCCUGAAGUUCAGUUUGUGCUGUUUUUGUCUGAUUGCUAGAAAAUAAAGGUUUUGCCUGAGGGGGAUUUGAUCAGUCCUCAGGGCAAAGGCGA